UAUGUCAUCGCCCAUAGCGGACUGGACCGAAAAACGGCGAAUAGUCAAUCAGAAUCGAUCGGUCGCGACGAAAACAAGUGUGUUUUGUUUAGUGUAAAAAAAUCCGGAAUCGCGAUUGUGAUUAGUGCGUUUGAUUAGAAAGCUAAAAGCCUCCACACCGAAAGUCACCAUGAGAGAAAUCGUACAUCUGCAAGUGGGUCAGUGCGGAAACCAGAUCGGAUCCAAGUUCUGGGAAACCAUAUCGGACGAACAUGGCAUCAACCCAACGGGCAUGUACCAAGGCAAUAACGACCUCCAGUUGGAGCGAAUCGACGUAUACUACUCGGAGGCCAACGGGUACAGAUACGUGCCACGUGCCGUUCUGGUAGAUCUGGAACCGGGUACCAUGGACUCGGUGCGCCAGUCACCCUACGGAGACCUGUUCAGACCGGAUAACUUUGUCUUUGCUCAAUCAGGAGCCGGUAACAACUGGGCCAAGGGUCACUACACAGAAGGCGCCGAACUAGUUGAGACCGUACUAGACGUAGUACGGAAGGAGGCCGAAACCUGCGACUGUCUGCAGGGUUUCCAGCUGGCACAUUCCCUCGGCGGCGGCAGCGGAUCCGGAAUGGGUACACUGCUGGUCUCGAAGAUCCGAGAAGAGUAUCCGGACAGAAUUAUCAACUCGUUUUCUGUGUUCCCGUCACCGAAGGUGUCGGACACCGUUGUAGAGCCGUACAACGCCGUCUUGUCCAUUCAUCAGCUAGUGGAGAACACCGAUGGAACGUUCUGUAUCGAUAAUGAAGCUUUGUACGAUAUCUGUUUCCGUACAUUGAAGCUCAGUUCGCCAACCUAUGGCGAUCUCAAUCAUCUCGUGUCGCUCACCAUGUCCGGUGUGACAACGUGUUUCCGAUUCCCAGGUCAGCUGAAUGCCGACCUCCGUAAACUUGCCGUCAAUAUGGUUCCUUUUCCGCGGCUGCACUUCUUCAUGCCCGGGUUCGCCCCGCUCACAGCCAAGGGCUCCCGGCAGUACCGCGUGGAGAGUGUUUCCGAGCUGACCGCACAGAUGUUCGAUGCGAAGAACAUGAUGACGGCAUGCGAUCCCAGGCACGGACGGUACCUGACAUGUGCCGCCAUCUUCCGAGGUCUCGUGUCGAUGAAGGAAGUUGACCAGCAGAUGAUGAACGUCCAGAGCAAGAAUAACAGCUACUUCGUAGAGUGGAUUCCGAACAACGUGAAGGUCGCCGUUUGCGACAUUCCACCGCGUGGGCUCAAGAUGUCGGCCACUUUCAUUGGCAACACGACGGCCAUCCAGGAGAUCUUCAAGCGCGUCUCGGAACAGUUCACGGCCAUGUUCCGGCGCAAGGCUUUCCUCCACUGGUACACCGGCGAGGGUAUGGACGAGAUGGAGUUCACCGAGGCGGAAUCGAAUCUGAACGAUCUCAUCUCCGAGUACCAGCAGUACCAGGAGGCUUCGGCGGACGAUUACGUCGAGGGUGAGCAUGAUUUUGACGACGAAGAGGAAAUUCAGCAAUAAGACGAUUAAUCCGGGGUGGAGCAACCUUGCGAUACGAUGGCAUUUUAUAAUAAAUGUGUUCAGCUAGUAACUGUUUAGUUGAUAUAGGUAUUAUCGAUCAAUUUUAACGCGUAAUUUAUGAUCCACAACAGGUUUAUAUAGAACAGUCUCUGGGUUAGGUUACGAAUAUGUAUUUGUUUAGAGCAUCUAAGCAUAACUUGUCUAAUAACUGUUUAUGUUUAAAAGUUUUAAAGAAACUUUUGAUAGUUGUGACAAAGAUUAAUUUGUUUCAUAUAAAUCUGUUUCUGCGCAAUAAAAUACCUUUAAAGUAAAUGAAACAUACA